UCUUCUUGCAUAUAUCUUCAAACAAACAAAAGUCCCUGUUGUCAGUUGGAAGGAAAAUAUGUGUUGUACAUCUGGAUGUAAAGCUGUGGGCUACCUAGCAGUGUGAUUUAUCCUUCCUUACUGUCCCCAUUAAGCUAUUUCCUGUUUUUUUGUGUGUGUGUUCCAGCUUAUGGUGGAGCCCCACUCCUCCACCCAGCUUGGUGUCCGUUUUAGUCCCUCAUCUAUCGGAGAGGGGAACCACGCGGCAAAGAUCACUUUCACCUGCCCUCAGUGGCAGAACUGGUGUGUGUUGUUGAGUGGGCGUGGCCUCAUUCCGGAGAGUGAAGAGCCUCUGAGCAUCUCAUCCCCGAUCGGCUCCGACGCCUCCAUCACCGUUCCCUUCACAAACACCACCGAGCUCCCAGCAGUGCUCAGUAUCACACUCGCAGAUGAGGACCCGAGUGGGGCCCCCAACUUCCAUCAAGUCACUACGGAAAAGGAGGUCUUCUCCAUCCCUCUGAGCCACACUGAAGGUGUAUUAACUCAUAGGAUUUUCACCAUGUUAUAAUAAAAUGUUCAAUAAAGCUAU